CUGUCCAUGUGAUGGAGACAGUUGCGGGGACGUUUGCGGUACAUUCCACAUGUUCGAUUAAAACAUAAAAGACAAAAGUGUGAUAAGACGGUUGUGAACAUUUUUGUGUUUGUGUGUUUCUUUUGUGUGAGAAAUGAAAGUGGUGGAUUUCAUCCUACGUUUGUCAGACCCGCGGAAAGUGAUCGCUUGUUACACAAUAUUUCUCGUCGUUCGUGCGAUCGAGACAGACGAGACGCAACACGACGAUGUUUUACUCCUCUCGGAACUUUGUGCGGACCAAGCCUGCGACUUAUCCCUCGGACCUCCGGUGGAUGUUUUCACCGACUUUGAUUUUUCCGAGGAGGACAAACAGUCUUUGUGGAUCAAAGAAAAUUUAUUCGAAGACAUAAAUAUAUCAUAUUUGGAGCCACUCCAUGAGUUGCCCAAGCCCGUAGUUGAAGGAGAGUGGUGGGGGAAAGUUUUCACUCCGAUGGCGACUCCGGCGUCCAAAUGUGACGAGCAAGUGCAGCAAUACCUGCGCGACCUACGGCACUACGAGCUUUGGGCAAUGCAGAUGUGGGACGCAACAGCCAAACCAGCCUCCGGUUUGUUGAGUGGAAACAGUAAUCAGCUGGGAGACUACGACAGCUGUCUUGCUGUUCAGUUAGAAGCGCUUGGUGCCGUCGCUGGCAAAUAUUGUCUGGCGCACGUUGAUCUUGAGGCGACCAACGACGCAAUGCCAGGUGUGAGAUCAGCUGUUACCCGACUACAAGCUGGGGCGUUUGUACGCAGCAAACACUCUGACCCAGGUCACUUUGCUCCGAGAUGGACUACGCUACACUGGGGCCUCUGUGUACCUGCAGCGUGUGACGACCGUGAGGUGGAGGCUGGUCUAAGGCAUUACCUGCAGGGCUACCAACUGCCAGGAGUGUCUGUGGACUCUGUUAUCAAGCCUGGCAUGUGCUACACCAGCCAGCAGAGCUCAGUGUUGCCACUACACACACUUGUAUCAUUAGGCUUUUUCGGAGGAUUCCUUAUGCUUGCUGUUGUCUCAACCAUGGUUGACUCGAGUAACAACUAUCCAGAUCUCAACAAAUUAAGGACGCAAGACCGAGCGUUGCUGGCGUUCUCACUCCGCCGCAACUGGUUGUCGCUAAUGUCUCGGCGCACAGACGACUUGCCUGUGAUCCACGGUGUGCGCAGCGUGUUCACGGUGCUGUUGUUCGCCGCACACAAGUUAAUGCCACUUGCUCUUACUCCGUACUCCAACCGCAGUCUUCUCACUCAGUACUCCCACUCGGUGUUGAGCGCAGUUCUGCGUGCAUCGAGUGUUUUCACCGACUCAUUCCUACAACUGAGCGCAGUGUUGGCUGCGUACAAUCUAGCACUUGAGUUGCAGCGCAGAGGCACCAUCUUGUGGCGCCAGCGGAUACUGGCACGACUUGUCAGACUGACGCCGGCUCUCGUAGCCGUGGUGGUGUUUUACGCUUACGUCAUGGAACACCUCGGGUCCGGCCCUCAGUGGACGUCGUCCAUCACCGUCAACGCAGACCUAUGUAAAGCCAACCUCUGGAAGAAUGUUCUCUACAUACAAAACUUCUUCUUGUUUGAGGAUAUGUGUGCGCCUCACACACACCAACUGGCGUUGGACAUGCAGCUGUUCCUACUUGCACCACUCGUCGUCUACUGUCUGCACCGAUGGACUCUGCCUUCCAUCGCGACAGUAGGUGUGCUGCAACUGGGGGUGGCUUGUCUACGAUACUUUGUGCAUCUCCACUACAACAUCUCCGACUUCAUCUAUCAUAAUAUCUCAGUGACUGACUUGUACCGCAACGCUAACUUGUCCUACAGUCAGUCCAUACACAGAGCCAUCCCCUACACUGUCGGACUGCUUACGGGGUUCUUCCUUCAGAGAGUGGGCAAACUUCACCUUACUUCUAACCAAGCAGCUGCAGGAUGGGUGAUGAGUGCGUUGUUGGCCGCAGUCUCGGUGUUUUAUCCGUCACAUCUCGUAAGAGCCGACGCUGUGUACGAUUCACGAGACGGAGCUUGGUACGCAGCCUUGUCACCCUUCACAUGGUCCGUCUCCCUGAGUUGGCUCAUAGUAGCCUGCAGCCGCGGUUACGGGGGUUGGCUACACUGGAUGCUUUGUCAACACUGGAUGGUCGUAGUAAGCAGGUUGUCCUACGCCAUUUACCUCACACAGUUCAUCAUAUUUUUCUAUUAUGUUGGUAGCGUGCGCUCCAGUCAAGAAUUCAGCCUAUUCUAUGUGAUUGGGGUGUACGAGGUGGUUGCAGUUUUGUUGAUCUCCGUCUUCGUCACCUUGCUGUUUGAUCUUCCGAUGCAAGAAAUCAAGAACAUUUUAUUACCGAGCCGCAGAGGAAGAGCAGGAAGCAGCGAUAAAGUUUUAUGACCAAUGUUCAAAGUCUCUCUUAAACACACAUGUAUUUAAUAAUUAAAUAAUUUGUGAUAACUUGUUUGUUUUUACUAUUUUUUGUUAAGUUUUCUAUCAAGAGUUGUGAGAUUAAUCAGUACAAUUUUUGUGGUAUUUUUAGUACUAAUAAAAAUAUU